ACCUGGUUCAUUCCGGGGCGACUCUCAUUUGGCGGCGGUCAUCAUGUCGAACUUGAGUGGCAGUGCCACUGGCAGUGCCUGCGCCGUGUGUGGCGAUCAGAGUUCCGGAAAGCACUACGGUGUGGCCUGCUGUGACGGCUGCUCGUGCUUUUUCAAGCGGAGCGUGAGGCGUGGCAGUAGCUACGCCUGCAUCGCCCUCGCCGGCAACUGUGUGGUGGACAAGGCGCGUAGGAACUGGUGUCCCUGCUGCCGCUUCCAGCGAUGUCUGGCCGUGGGCAUGAAUGCGGCCGCCGUUCAGGAGGAGCGGGGUCCGCGCAACCAGCAGGUCACUCAGUACCGCCAUGCCCGGCGACAAACGGUGCAGGUGCCAUCGGCGCCAUCUCCAACGGCCCACUCGCAGGCGCUGCACUUCCAGAUCCUCGCCCAGAUUCUCGUCACGUGCCUGCGCCAGGCGAAGGCCAACGAGCAGUUCGCUUUGCUGGAGAGUUGCCAGCAGGAUGCCAUCCUGCAGGCGGUGUGGAGCGAGAUCUUCGUCCUGCGCGCCUCCCACUGGUCACUGGACAUCAGUGCCAUGAUCGAGGGCUGCGGCGAUGAACAGCUCAAGCGGCUCAUCUUCGAGGCCCAGCAGCUGAAGGCCGACGUGCUGGAGCUGAACUUCAUGGAGACCCUAAUAUUGUGCAGAAAAGAAUUGGCUAUCAGUGCGCAGUACGGCAUAAUUCUGGGAAGUCACUCGAACGCUGCACUCGUUUCCUUGGCUCGAUAUACACUGCAACAAUCGAAUUAUUUGCGAUUUGGACAACUCCUUCUUGGACUGAGACAACUAUGCCUGCGACGCUUCGACUGCGCUUUAUCUUGCAUGUUUCGCACUGUGGUUAGGGACAUAUUAAAAACACUUUGA